AAUUAAAAAUGGGCGAUGUUGAGAAAGGCAAGAAGAUUUUUGUUCAGAAGUGUGCCCAGUGCCACACUGUGGAAAAGGGAGGCAAGCAUAAGACUGGACCAAAUCUCCAUGGUCUGUUCGGGAGGAAGACAGGCCAGGCUGCUGGAUUCUCGUACACAGAUGCCAACAAGAACAAAGGCAUCACUUGGGGAGAGGAUACCCUGAUGGAGUAUUUGGAGAAUCCCAAAAAGUACAUCCCCGGAACAAAAAUGAUCUUCUCUGUAUUUAAGAAUAAGGGAGAGAGGGCAGACCUAAUAGCUUACCUUAAAAAGGCUACUAAUGAGUAAUUCUGAUGCCUUAUUUAUUACAAAACAAAUGUCUCAUGACUUUUAAUGUGUAUUAUAAUUUAAUUCACACCAAAAUUCAGAUCAUGAAUGGCUAACAAUGUUUUUGUUGGACAGUCCUGAUUAAGUAAAACUUGACUUGUAGUAAAGUGGAUACGAUCUUUUUUAAAAUAACAAUUCCAGUUGCAUAAAUACUAUCACUUCUCUCCCUUUCUCAAGAUAGGAUUGGACUUAAUUAUUAAAGUUCUACUUUCCACAAAGAUGGGGGUGUCACCUAAACCUAUUGAAUGGUUUAUACUUAAAUUUAUAUAACUGGGCAUAUGAGUAUGUUUAAACACUGGGAAAACUCUGUUAUUGUCUCAGAAAUGAGAAGACUCACCUGUGUUUCAGUUUGCAUUCACUGGUCUGUUACAUGCAAUGGCUAAACAUCAGGAAAUAACUUGAUGAUGUCAUUUUAAUUAAAAUUCCCUAAGUCAAAAGAUGCUGCCUUUUACCACUGAAAGGCACUUACUGUGGUCUAUGUGUAAUAUCAAAUAAAGAGUAUUUAGCAGUU